AUGUCCCAACCUCAGAAACAAGAAGAAAAAUCAGUAGAAGAGUCAAAAGGAAAUGAGGAUAUUCAAUUUUUUUGGGGCAUUGUAAAGGGUGUCCACACUUUCUAUGAGUCAUUCACGCUUGAUGGUAUUAAAUACACCCUAUAUGAUUGUGUGUAUAUGCAUCGUGAUGGUCAAGCUGAACCUGACAUUGGUAAGCUUGUAAAUAUAUGGGAGACCGAAAACUCUGAGAAGAAAGUCGAAGUCGUGUGGUUUUUUCGUCCCACUGAGAUAGCUAGUUGGUUGGGAGAGGUCAAGCCUCUUCAGAGAGAACUUUUCUUAGCUUCUGGUCAUGGCAAAGGCCUUUCCAACCUUUCCCCAUUGGAAGCAAUUUGUGGAAAGUGCAACAUAUUGUGUACAUCUAAGCACAAACGAAAUCCUCAGCCAACCGAUCAAGAGUUAAGAAUGGCUGAUUAUAUAUUUUAUCGCACUUUUGAUGUUGGAAAGUGCGUAAUAUCUGAGAAAUUUCCAAGUUUGAUAAGUGGAAUCAAAGUGGAUCGGUUCUUUAACAUGAAGAAAGAUACAAAACCUAGUCUAUUUGCUGAUCCCAAAGCAUGUUUGACUGUCAAAGGUGAAGUAUCGGUCAGAGCUGUGAAGAUUAAUCAGUCUGCAAGACUAGAAAAAGUUGCAUACAGAAACAGUGCUCCAGAUAUUGCAGCUAGUGGACAUAUAAUAAAUUCUACAAAAAAGUGGCCUUAUGCUACAACUACAGUAAAGAAUUCUGAAACAGUCCUGCCUGCGAGUACAUAUGGUGGUCCAUUGAAGAAAAGGAAGCUUCCAGCCCCUCUAGCUGAAGGUCCAAGAUAUGCUGCACAUGCUUUUCCUCCAUCCAGAGAUGUUGGACAUGAGAAACAUUUGAGUGCCAAUGACUCUGGCAUGAGGAAAAAUGUGUUUACUGGAGUUAUUUCGGACGACAAAGAAAGAAAGUCUGCUGAGAAAGGAGUUGGUAAUAUACAGCAUAUAAACCCAGCAAUCAAUUACAAGUACAUCGAAGUUGCCAGAAAGCCUGGUAUGGAUUCAAGUAAAUGGUUGAAGCUGGAGGUUUGGAAUGAGGAAAGGUUAUGUGAAAUGAAUGAAAAGGGUACCCUGAUCUUGUUAGAAAACCUUGACCCAACAUUCACAUCUGCAGAAGUGGAGGAUAUCAUUUGGUAUGCCUUUGAGAAAAAAAUUAAGGCCAAGAUGGUACAACCGACCACAUUUUCCAAUCCCCACUAUGGUCAAGCAUUUGUAAUUUUAAAGACAAAAGAAGAAGCAGAUGAUGUCCUCUCUCGGUUAGCCAAUGGAAGUCUUAUGCUGGGUGAUGGAAGGCCAAUUGUCGGCCGAAGAAGGCUCCUCAGCAAGGCUGGCCUUUCAGGUGAAUUUUAUGGUCAUCUUACCGUUGACAGGGCCAGACAUCGGAGACAACGUGAAGCCAUAAGGAAUGCAGUGGCAACGUCUCACUUCUCUCAGUCUAAUACAAUCGAGCAUUUACUGGCAUUGCAAUGGUGUCUUCUUCAUGAAAAAUCAAAGCUGUGGUGGGGAGCCUUGCAUGAGGAACAAGGAAAAGAAAUUGAAGCUUCGCUGAGGCAGAUGAAAGUUUGUGACAUGAAUAUACAAGGAUUGACUCGUGACUAA